GACUCUAUGAUCAAAAUUGAGCACUGGGUACUCACCAAGUUCGGAUUUUUGAAUUAAUAAAGGCUGCGCCUUUGAUUUUGUUGCUUUCAGAAAACCCAACUCAAGUUUGGGCGAAUUGAUAGGGCACCCAUUUGUCUUGAGAGCAUUGUGCAGGCUGUAUGUUAAACAAGGGAUAGAGUGCUUACACAAAUUGUUGCCAUUGCUGUAUUAGAAUAAGCAGAGAGUGUUGAAAUGGCAAACAGCAAGUUCGAGUACGUGAAGUCAUACGAAGUUGAAGAUGAGAUCUUCUUGCCUAAUUUGAUUGUUGUUCGAAUUGAUGGACGUGAUUUUCGAAGGUUUGCAGAAGUGCAUACGUUUGAGAAACCAAAUGAUGUGGUAGCAUUGAAUUUGAUGAAUUCAUGCGCAGUUUGUGUUUUGGAGGAGUUUCCAGAUAUCGUUUUUUCAUAUGGAUUCAGUGACGAGUACAGCUUUGUCUUCAAGAAGACGUCCAAGUUUCACCAGAGGCGUGCAAGCAAAGUAGAGUCCGUUAUAGUAUCUUUCUUCAGCUCAGUAUAUGUGAUAAAAUGGAGAGAAUUCUUCCCUCAUAAGGAGUUAAGAUACCCUCCCUCUUUCCAUUCAAAGGUUAUAUCCUGUGGUACAAUAGAAGUUCUUCAGUCAUAUCUUUUGUGGAGACAAAAUGAUUGUCAUACAAAUAACCUGCGGAAUACUUGCCUAUGGGAGCUAAUUAAAGGUGGAAAGACUGAAUGCGAAGCACUAGAGUUACUAGAGGGCACCAGUAAAGAAGAGAAAAACGACCUUCUUUUUGAAAAGUUUGAGAUCAAUUACCAGAAGUUGGAUGAAAUGUUUCGUCAAGGAUCCUGCAUUUUGAAAACUGAGGUGAUAGACGUAGUGAAGCACAAUGAGAAUGGUUCUCCAGUUCGGAGACUUAGGAAAAAGUUAAGAAUAGUUCAUUCAAAGAAUAUAGCAAGUAUAAGCUUUUGGAACAAGCACAAAAUUCUUCUGAAUGAGCUCGGUAAUUUCGCAAAGGACAUUGGAAAAGUUGAACCAGAUUUUCUCAGGUCUUUCCAGUUUGAUAAAAAAUUGAUGCCAUCGACUUGGAUUGUCAUUAGAAUUGAUGGUUGCCAUUUCCACAGGUUUUCUGAUGUUCAUGAAUUUGUGAAGCCAAAUGAUGAGCAGGCUCUCAACCUUAUGAAUUCAUGUGCAGUGGCUGUGGUAAAAGAGUUUCAAGACACAGUGUUUGCCUAUGGCGUUAGUGAUGAAUACAGCUUUGUUAUGAAGAAAGACUCUCAUUUCUAUCAAAGACGAGCAAGUGAAAUAGUAUCUGUCAUGGUGUCACUCUUUACUUCCUUGUACGCAAUGAAAUGGAAAUGUAUCUUCCCUGAGAGAGAUUUGAAAUACCCUCCUUAUUUUGAUGGCCGUGCUGUGUGCUAUCCAUCAACUGAAAUUCUUCGAGAUUAUCUGGCUUGGAGACAAGUUGAUUGCCAUAUCAACAAUCAAUACAAUACUUGUUUUUGGCAGCUUGUUAAGUCUGGAAAGAGCAAAAGGGAAGCUCAAAAUUUUCUGAAGGGUACUCUAGCAGGUGACAAAGAUAAACUGCUUAAGCAAUUUGGUACUGACUACAGCGAAUUGCCUGUCAUGUUCCGCCAAGGUUCAUCCAUUUUCUGGGACAAGAAAAAAGUUGAUGUUGAACAUUGCAAUAUUAUUGAACCAAGCUUUUGGUGUGCACACCCAACAAUUCUUAACACAUAACCAUGGACGCUGGAGGCACUGGAUAAAGAUUUUCAUACUGAUAUACGUCUCUACCGAUGACAUGACUCAGAUUUUACUGAAGUGA